AUGGAGUCAAGUUCUGAAUCCUCUUUCAAAGUGAUGAAUCAGGACUUCGUCAAGUUGGACAAAUUCAACGGCACUAACUACUCCCGUUGGAAGGAUAAGAUGAUGUUUUUCCUGACAGCUUUGAAGAUUGCUUAUGUUCUGGAUCGUUCACUUCCUGAAAUUCCAGUGCCUAAAGAUGAUGAUUCUAAUGAAGUCAAGGUGCAAUGCAAGAAACGCGAAGAGGACGAGUUGCUGUGCAGAGAACACAUCAUGAAUACUCUUUCUGAUCGCUUGUAUGAUAUGUAUACUACAGUCAAGUCGCCAAAGGAAAUCUGGAAUGUGCUGGAGUACAAGUAUAAUACGAUGAAACAAGGUGCGGACAAAUUUCUGAUUAUGCAAUAUUUUGAUUUUCGUAUCACUGAGAAUUCUUCUCUUAUGGAUCAGAUUCAUGAUCUCCAAGUGAUUGUGUCUAAAUUACAUGAUCUGAAAGUAGAGGUAUCUGAAUCUUUGCAAGUUGGAGCAAUAAUAGCAAAACUUCCAACCAGUUGGAAUGACUAUAAGAAAACGUUGCUCCAAACUAUGAAACAUUCACUAUAG